GCACCGCCGCUGUGCCUCCCUACGCGGGUCUCAGCAAAGUCCCUCCGCGCAUGGGGGGGACACCCGACACUGGUCCCCCCCACCCCCCCAUCCAACACGUGGGGGGGAGGGGGGUUGGGGCAGCCUCGUUGCAGCGUGGGUCCGGGGAGAGGAUGCCCACGCAUGACCCCUUCCUCGCGGGCCAGGCCUGCCCCCCCCCGCGCUCCCUGAGCGCUCUGGGGCGCUGGGGUGGGGGGGCUGCCCCGCUCCGUGCUGCUUCCCCACCCCUCCGCGGGCGCGGAGCACAGCGCGGAAGGAGUGGCUUGAGGCUGCGCGCUCCCUCCUGAGUGGCUGGCGGCCGCGGCUCCCAAGCCAUCCCUGGGGAGGAGUUAUGAUAAUCCUAUUGCCAUUAAGGGCGUCUGGGCAGGGAAAAAAACCCAAGUGACCAUAAGCGCGGAGGUUUAGUCCGUCAUCUGUCUUCAUGCCUGCCAACUGAGCUCCGUCCGGGGGGCAGCUCCUCUUCCCCAGCGCCGACGUGGAUUUACCGCCCGUGGGGGGGGAGCUGAGCUCUCGUCUAUUUUCGGCACCACACACCUGGUUUGGACGCUGGACGCCAUGUUGUGGAAACUAGCAGAUAAUGUCAAGUAUGAAGAGGACUGCGAGGACCGGCACGAUGGGAGCAGCAACGGGAACCCGCGGCUCCCGCACCUCUCGGCGGUCAGCCAGCACCUGUACAGCCCGGCUCCGCCGCUCUCCCACUCGGGCGCCUCAGACUUCCAGCCCCCCUACUUCCCCCCCCCGUACCAGCCGCUGCCUUACUCCCAGUCCAGCGACCCCUACUCCCACCUCGGGGACCCCUUCUCCAUCAACCCUCUCCACCAGCCGCCGCCGCCGCCCCCCAGCCAGCAGCAGAGCGCCUGGCCCAACCGGCAGAGCCAGGACCCGGCCGGCCUCGCCCCCCACGGCCGCCCCGGCCUCGUCCCCCACCUCUCGGCGCUGGAGAGCGGCUCCGCCGGCGGCCGCAGGGAAACGUACCGACGCUCCGAGCUCCUCCUGCCCCACGGGCACGGGCUGGACGCCUCCGCGCUGGCCGAUAACCUGGGCCUGCACGACAUGGCCCACCAGAUGGAGGAGGUGCAGAACGUGGAAGAUCAGCACUUACUAAUGCAUGACCAGACAGUCAUUAGAAAAGGUCCUAUUUCCUUAACGAAAAACAGUGCUCUGAGUCUCCCCUGCCAAAAGGAUGGAUUAAUUGGAGUGGUCAUAAACCCCAACGAAGUGUUUUGUUCGGUUCCGGGAAGGCUUUCCCUUCUGAGCUCCACAUCGAAAUACAAAGUGACAGUAGCAGAGGUGCAGAGACGGCUCUCGCCCCCUGAGUGUCUCAAUGCCUCUUUGCUCGGAGGAGUACUCCGAAGAGCCAAAUCUAAAAAUGGUGGCAGAUCAUUAAGGGAAAAACUGGAUAAAAUUGGCUUGAAUCUUCCUGCUGGUAGAAGGAAAGCUGCAAAUGUGACACUAUUGACAUCUUUGGUGGAAGGUGAAGCUGUGCAUCUUGCUCGUGACUUUGGCUAUGUAUGUGAGACAGAGUUUCCUUCCAAAGCAGUGGCCGAAUAUUUAACUAGACCACAUAUGGGCCGCAAUGAAAUGGCAAACAGGAAGAACAUGCUUCUUGCUGCAAAACAGAUUUGUAAGGAAUUCACAGACCUCCUCACUCAGGACAGAACUCCUCUUGGAAACACGAGACCUAGUCCCAUCUUGGACCCUGGCAUCCAGGGCUGUUUGACUCAUUUUAGCCUGAUCACACAUGGCUUUGGGAGUGCUGCCAUCUGUGCUGCCAUGACAUCCGUCCAGAACUACCUAAAUGAAGCAUUAAAAAUAGCAGACAAGACAUACAUGAACGCUGGCGACCAGAGCCCUGCAGAAACCAACAAAACCAUUGAUAAAAUGGAUAAGCACAGGAAGUAAAAGGAGAGAAACCAGACUUUAAACUCUUCCUCCUAAACACAGACUGGGAUCUUCUUGCUGGGGGGAACAUAGAAAUUUGUUUUUUUUUUGUUUGGGGUGGGUUUUUUUUGUUUGUUUGUUACUGUUUUGGGGUUUGGUUUUUUUUUUUUCCUUUAAAGAAAGGAGGGGGAAAAAGGAUUAAAAAAAUCAUCUUAUUCGGGAUCUUCACUCCUCCUGGAUCCAUGAGACAAGUCUCUCUAAAAGCUGCAGUAUCCCUUAUCUGUGGAAGCAAAUACCAGAAGAUAAGUACUUGUACAAGUGUACUGAAAUACUUUGUUGUGAAAGUGGUGCUACAAAGGGGUUUUGAUGGAAAUACACAGAGAUACAGAUUUCUUUUCCAUAUCUAAGUAUCUAGUGGUGACCAGCUUAAUGUAUAGUUUUUAAGAUACAGAUUUUAGAUGGAAGCCUAUUUGUUUUCUGGUACAGUUUCAGGGUUUUAUUCUCUCUAAAUGCAACAGUAACAAUAAAGCAGUAUUAAACAAUGAUUUAUAGAUUUAUAUACAUUAAAAUUUUUUUAUAAACACCUCAAAAUAGUAAGAUUAUUGUGUGGGUUGUUUUUUGUGUUC